GGUUAGCUGGCACAAUGGGUAAGAUAAUCUUCUACGAGGACAGGAACUUCCAGGGUCGCUCCUAUGAGUGCAGCAGCGAAUGCUCUGACCUGCAUUCCCACUUCAGCCGCUGCAACUCCAUUAGAGUGGACAGUGGUGAUUGGAUGGUGUAUGAGAGGCCCAGCUACAUGGGCUACCAGUACUUCCUGAGGAAGGGUGACUAUCCAGACUACCAGCGCUGGAUGGGAUUUAACGACUGUGUGCGAUCCUGCCGUAUGAUCCCUAUGCACCAAGGCUCUCACAAAAUGAUGAUCUAUGAGCGCCCAGAGUUCGGAGGACAGAUGAUGGAGCUGACCGAUGACCUUCCCUCCCUAUACGAACGCUUCCACUUCAAUGACAUCUAUUCCUGCAACGUGAGGGACGGCCACUGGAUCUUCUAUGAGCAUCCCAAUUACAGGGGACGCCAGUACCUGGUGCGCCCUGGUGAAUACAGGAGAUUUAAUGAGUGGGGAAGCAUGAGUCCUAGGGUGGGAUCCAUCAGACGUAUCACUGUGUAAGAACAGCUCAUGUACAGAAACUGUUUAUGUGAAGUACUGUCAAUAAAGUCAAUAAAUUUAUCCAAUAACAGUAUUCUGUCAA